AUGGCAGUGCCUCAGUAUCGCGACGAAGUGCUGGUCACGCUCGAGAGCAUCGACCCUCCAUCCGACUUCGCCUUUCCUGAUCGCCGCUUCUUCCUCACCAAAGAGAAGCCUACUAUUGCGAUCGGGCGUACGAGCAAGCGAAACUCGACCUUUGAGGCUGCUAAGAACAAUGCAUGGUUCGACUCGGCUGUCAUGUCCCGCACGCAUGCUGAACUCAAGCUUGACGUCGACAAGCAGAAGGUGUACAUAAAGGACAACGGAUCCCUCCACGGCACCUUCAAGAACGAGCAGCGACUGCUUCGGGGCUCCUACUCAGUCUUGGCCACUGGCGACAUGGUAAAGUUUGGAAUCCCUAUUGAGAGAGGCAUGGAACGAUAUCCUCCCUGCACGAUGAAGGCCCGACUAGAAUUCGGCACCGUCGACCCUGAGGAUCGACCCAAGGUUUUCAGUGUUCCCGAUGACACUGACGUGGAAUAUUCGGACAGCGAGAAAGACGAACAAGUCCGCGAGAGCUACGAGGUCCUGCGCACCAUGAAGAUUUUCCCCGCCGCAUUCCCUGCAUCGUCUCCCAGCGAGUCCCCAAUCGAUCUGACGACCAAGGAUCAAUAUCCCCUGUCCAACGUGAGGGAUGAGGUGGAUCACCAGGCUUUGUUUUCUCCCAGCUCAAAGCCUGAUUCAGAUAUGACGAGAACUCAGGCUCGCGUAUCUGUUCCUAUCCCGAUGGAGGAUUCUGAAUAUGAUGCUCCUCACUCGCCCCGUGACCCCUGGUCAUUCUCAAACGUCGACAAUAUCAACCUGACACAGUCGACGGAUAUGGACACGGAGAGUUUGCCUGGAACUGAAUCUGAUGAUGAGAGCGUCGGAUUCUCCCCUGUGUCUGCCAUCAUGCAGGACGAAGAUGAAGAUUCGGAUGAUAUGAGCGAGCGAGACUUUGAGGAGCGUGAUGAGUUUGAGGAGGAUGAGUACAACUGCGAAGACCCUCUGGAUGAGUCGGAUGAGCCGGAGGACCAGGAGGACCCAGAGGACGCCGGCCAUAUGUGGGAGUUUUCGCAAGUCGGGAGUCGCGUAACUGUGCCUUCCUCACUCCCCAGCUUUGCCAAGGAGAUUCAGGCCACGCCCGUGGGAGCCCCGGCACCGGAACAAUCUCAACCAGUCAGCCGUGGAACAGCCACCCCUCAGAUGGAUUACCUCUUGAACCCCUUCCCCGUCGCCGUUCUGCCACGGAACCUGGUUGUGCACCCAAGGCUGCCUUCCAUCUCGGAGACCAUUCCCCAACAGCCAUUGUUCUCCCGUCCUUACCAGGAGGGAUUGUCGGGAGCCGAGAUCCUAGGUCUGAAGACAGGAAAGCACGAAUUCUUCGCUGCUCGCGAAGCAAACAAGGCCGACUCGUUGUCCAUGGCAAGUAGCUCGCAGCUACCUCAGCCCCGUUUCCAGACACCACUGCCAGUCCCCCAGAGUCCUUCUCUCUCCAGCCCAGAUUCCCGGAGGCCUCCCCGCAAGCAUGCUCUAGAAGAGAGUUUGCGUCCAGUUCCGUCUUUCUCCAAGCGGAAGAAGGAAACACACAACAACGACACUAGCGAAGGGCUCCAGCUGGUUGAUUCUGACCUAGCAAAGUCUGGUGCCGAGUUCCUCAACACGCCCCCUCAGGAGCCCGAGGUGCCUUCUUCCACAGAAGAGCCCGCCGUGGAUGCAUCAUCUGCCUAUGAGUACGCUCUCAGCAAGAAGGACAAUGAUGGUGCUGCUGAUGGUGCUGUUGAUAGCGCCGAUGCUGUCGUUACGGAUGCCCCUGCUGCUAUUGUUGAUGCCAUGGAUGAUGUCGAUGGUGGUCUUGAUGCUAAUACCGCGGACAAGAGGGAAGAGGAGCCCUUGGAGUUGACUCAGGGCGGCAAUGAGAAAACCGACGAGAAGGCCAUGCCCUCCAGCGAUAUCGCUGAAGAACCAGCUCACAACGUUGAGCAUGCUGAGCCCAAGCUACCCGAGGCGUCACACGACCUACCAGAGACUCCUCGAUCUUCGAAGAGAAAGGCCGAAGACAUUUCUCAGCUUACACCGGAGGAAGAGAAGCACGCUGAAGUGGUUCCCCGGGGCGACCGAUCGCGCUAUGCCCGUCUUCGGUUCAGACGCCGUAUGAACAACAUGGCUCGCCCUGCAGUUUCUACGCCAGCGGCAGCCCCGCCAAGCAAGCGUCUUCGACGUGUCGCUGAGGUAGUCGGUUACGCAGCACUGGGCGGCGUCGCUGUCAUGUCUGCUCUCAUUGCCACGGCCCCCACGCUGUAG